CUUCCCUGCAGAGCUACAGCUGCUCCAUCCUCUCUGUCUGCGGCUCUGCACUGCAGCCUCGCUCACACAGCCCGAGCUCAGCAGCAGCGCUUCGACAAACGACAAGACGAAGCCUGGAGGAGCUCUACUGAUGCCCGCUGUCUGACUCUCUCUCUCUCUGUCUCUCUCUCUCUGUUAGCCCUUUUCUUUGCAGUCAUGGCGUGGCCGUGCAUCGCGCGCGCGUGCUGCAUGAGCCGCCUGUGGAGCGAGCUGGACAAGGCGGACAUCGCCGUGCCGCUGGUCUUCUCCUCCAGCUACUCGGAGGUGGCGGACGGGCCGCAGGCCGGAGGAGGUGCAGCAGAGGCAGCUCGGCGGGACGGGGCGGCUCCCAGCGCCUCCAGUGUCAUGCACGAGGACUUUAGGGCCUGGAGGGUCCGGCCUGAGAAGAGCUGCAAGCCCAAGCACGAGUACAGACCAUCAGGAGCGCCGUUUGCAGACGAGACCCAGUACCAGAAAGACUACAGGCCGUGGCCCAUCCCAAAGAGAGGAGACCACCCCUGGAUCCCCAAAGGGCAAGCAGGGCAGGGCAAGCGAGGGAAGAAGAAGGAGCACGAGGAGGAGCGCGAGACGGGCGUGGAGAAGUGCGAGAUCGAGGAGAGGGUGCACGAGAAGGAGAGUAAAGAAAAGGAGAAGGAGAAGCAGGAGAAGGAGGCCAAAGGAAGAUCAACGGCGGAUGCUGUAAACAGGCAGAUUAAACAGGAAGUGUCCACCGGAAGCUCGUACAGGACAGAGUUCAAGGCUUACACUGACGUCAAGCCAGUAAAACCCAUCAAAGCCAAAUCACAGUACAAACUGCUGGUUGAGGAAAAGGCCAGUCUGGAGACCAGCUACAGUGCCACCUUUAAGGGGGAGCAGGUCAAGCCACAGGCCACAGACAACAAAGUGCUGGAGCGGCGGAGGAUACGCAGCCUAUACAGUGAGCCUAGCAGCAAAGAACCCAGCAAGGUGGAGCGGCCCAGCGUGUCCCGCUCAAGACCAAAAAAGACGACAAGCCAUAGCAAAACAGUGAAUAAGGCUAAAGCGAAGCAAGUCACUGCUGCCCAACCUGCCAAGAAGAAAACCUCAGUGAGCAACGUGGAAUUAAAGCCAGAGGGAGGCGUCACCAAGAAGAGUAAAGAAAUUAUCAACAGACUGGCUGAGGCAAAAGAUUAAGUGCACUUUGAGGGUGUAGAUUUGGCUAGGGGAGCAGGGGGUG